CCGAGAGCAGCAGCAGGAGGAGGCCGGGGGCCGUUCUCCUGGGCUCCUCUCCUCCGGCUCCGGUUCUCCCUCCGCACGGCGUCGCUGUCGCCACGGGCACUGUCCUACAGUCCCACUCGGCCACUCCUCACUCACUCCCCUCCCGACCCACGUCUAGUCCCACUACCCAACAAGGCAACAACCACCGCGGGGACCCCCGACCCCGAGCUCGAACCACCCCAGGAUAUGAGAAGAAUACAUUUCCCUGUCCCUCCCCUACUCCUCCCACUGCCUUUCGUCACAUGCGCACAAGAAACCGCGCCGCCCCCGAGGCCUGUGACCCCCACCUCUCCUCCAGCGCCCCGCCAAGCCGUCGCUGCGCCGCUUCCAUGACCCUCGUUCCCCUCGCGACGAGCGGCAUCGUCCCGUUCCCGUCCGUGGCUGGUGCCUUUUUGUUGUUGACCACCCGCUGAGCUGCUGCGUGCCCGCGCGCAUGGCCGCCGCGAGGAGGCUCUCGGAGCUGCUGCAGGAGCAGCAGGAACCGUUCCUCGUCGAGACCGCCAGGGCAAGGCGGCCCCGGCGCGGGCGUGGCGCGGUGGGAGCAGGAGUAGCAGGAGGAGGACUGGGCUGCUGCCCCGCCGCCGCGUGCCGGCGGCUGUUCAGGCUCUGCAACCAAGGGUUCAAGAAGAGGAGGGCCGCCGCCGCCGCCGGCGGCGGCUCUGGCUCGGGCGUCGCGAGCGGCCUGAGGUUGGCGCUGAGCAAGGUGCUGUGCGGCAGGGGCAUGCGCCGGGUGCUGCGCCUGGACGACCUCUGUGGCGGUGGCGGGUGCUUCUCCGGCGCCAGCGCCUGCGGCGCCCGCGAGUUCCGCCGCCUGCGCCGCUCCCUCGGCGACAGCGGCGAGUGCGACCCCCGCGCCAUGGUCUUGCCUGGGGAUGAUGGGGAGGAGGAGCAGAUGGGUUGGAAGGCCGACAUGGACGUCGACUCGUCGCGCCAGCUUAGCCCGGUCUCCGUCCUGGAGCUGCACUCCGACGACGACGACGACGAGUCGCCGGUGCACUCGCACUGGGGCGACGAGAAGCCAUCCACCUCCGGGACCGGGAGCUCACCUCCGUCCGAGUCUUUCCUCGGUCCGACUCCGACCUCCCCAUGCUUCAGCUACGACCUCCAGGACAAGUUCUGCGAGAUGGAGGUGGACGAGGCCGAGGAGGAGGAGACGGUCCGAACCGGCAGGUCCAUCGAGGAGCAGGUCUCGUCGUGGGAGAAGAUCGCGGGGGACAUCUCGAGGAUCCCCGCGAUGAUGGAGCUGGACCUGUCGCGUUCCACGCGGCAGUGGCGGGAGCCGGAGCCCGAGGUCAGGGAGGUCGGCGCCAGGAUAGAGGUCCUCAUCUUCGACGACAUCAGGAGGGAGACCGUGUGCGACAUGCUCGCCUCGCAUUGUAGAUUGGCGGCAGCAGCAGCAACAUCUUGUUGAUCGAGGGAGGACUGGACUGGAGGAGUGGUGUUGUGUUCGUCAGAAGUAAGGGGAAAAAAAGAGAGAGUAGAAACAGUAGAGGAGGAGGAUGUGUACAAUCUGAGGCUUGCUUGAUGUGAAAUUCUUUUUGCCCAAACGACGAAGCCUUGGACUCUUUGCCGCAUCGAGUUCCACGCUGUUUAUGUGUUUGCAAAUAUGAUAUUGGUGGCAAAAGGACAAGCUUGUUUAUC